CAGAUUAUUUCUCUUUGCCAUAGUGUUACUAUGAAGGAUUGUUGGUGUGUUGUACAAGUUCUGUCUGUUGUAAAUGUAAACUCAAUCCAGAUUCAGUCAGACUUGAUUUUGAUGAUUUGGUCACUUGUGUUUGGGGGUGUGUUGUUAGAUUGAUUGUUACGGUGAUUUUUCUGCAUCUGUUUUGAUUUAUUCACUUGUAAAUAAUGGCCACGUUAAGAGAAAAACAAAUAGGUGCUGGUCUUUAAAUUUUUUUGAGUGACUUGCAUUAAUACACAGUGAUUUAUUGGGAAUUAACUAAGUGACUGAUUUGAGAAGAAAAUUAUAACAAACAUGAGUGUAAUUGUUAUUGAAAAAGAUACAGAAUUUCAGACAAAGUUGUCAUCCUCUAAGAACGUUGUGGUUGUUAAAUUCUCAGCAGCUUGGUGCGGUCCUUGUAAACGAAUAGCCCCGUUUUUUUGAACAGAUGGCUACCAAGUAUCCUCAGUCCGUAUUUUUGAAAGUGGACAUUAAUGUUUGCCAGGAAACAGCCUUGGCACAAGGAAUCUCUUCAAUGCCGACUUUUGUAUUUUAUAAGGGUGGUGAAAAGAUAGAUUCUAUCACAGGCUCAAACACAAAACUGCUAGAAGACAAGUUGAAGGAGCAUUGCAGCUCUGAAGGUUCCGGUGAGGCUGAAUCUCCAGUAAAGGGCCAUAUUGAUUUGUAUCCGUUUAUUUUAAAGGCCGAAAGUGGAGCUUUAAAUGAAGCCGAUAAACAUCCGUUAGCCAAUUGUCUUCAAGAUGAUGACAAAUAUCUCCAGUCCGAUUGUGAUAACCAACUUAUUAUCCCAAUAACUUUCUCACAAGCAGUAAAAAUCCAUUCUAUAAUGAUUAAAGCACCAGACAAAGCGGGUCCUAAAACAGUUAAAUUGUUCAUAAAUCAGCCAACAACUCUGGAUUUUGAUGGUGCAUCUAAGAACGAGCCUACUCAGUCUCUGGAUAUUGACCCUAACGAUCUCACCUCUGGUAAACCCAUUGGGCUUCAGUUUGUCAAAUUUCAGAAUGUUCAAAAUGUACAGAUAUUUAUACAGAACAAUCACGAUAACUCAGAUGUCACCAGAAUUGACUGCCUAACACUAUUUGGAUCUCCUAUCGCAACAACUGACAUGAACAAGUUUGAAAGAGUAGCUGGGAAAAAAGGAGAAACUGACCAUUAAUCCCAUUAAAGCUUUUUUUAAAAGAAUGCAGAAUUCAGCACAUAUACUGUUUGAUAAAUUGAAGUGUUAUUAGUUUCUGUAUUUUGCCUUUUAUGUGUUGUAUUUUCUGAUUAAAUAAAUGUAUUAGUCAGAAAGAA